AUGGCGAAUGGUUGUGCCUUUACGUCCGGCAGAAAUGCCAGCGGGCAGGUCCAGAGCCGUCAGUGCAUUGAGGCCGUCAUCAAAUUCGCCUUCGAGGAGAGGCUCUUCCUCAUGGCUGACGAGGUGUACCAGGACAACAUGUAUGCUGAGGGUUCGGCCUUCCACUCCUUCAGGAAGGUGCUGACAGAGAUGGGGCCGCCCUACCUGGACUCGGUGGAACUCACCUCCUUCCACUCCAUCUCCAAAGGCUUCACGGGCGAGUCAGUGACCUCCCACGGCCACCCCCACCCCGAGGUGGCCACCACAGGUCCUGGGGAGCCACAGAGUGGGGAUGAGGAUGGUGGAACCCCAUGGGCCUCAAGGGGGUGCCCUAUUGCUACGCGCGUAUUGCUGCGCGCCGCCCUCCGCUCGCCCUGCGCCCCCCUGCGCCUGCUCUGCCGCGACUUCCACGCCGAGGAGCUCUCCGUCUCCACCAUCGUCUCCCUGCUGGACUCCCUGGAGCCUGCUGCCGUCCGCAGAGUUGUUUUACGCUUCAACAACCCGGGGCUGGCGGGGCUGUGCGAAGUGCUGCCUCACCUCGGCCGCUUCCCCGCGCUGCGCAGCCUCAAGCUGCCCUACAGCAACGUGGACGUGCGCCGCACGGCCCCCGGCCCAGACGCCGGCAUCCGCUGCUUGGCCGCUCACCUCCGGGCCCUGCCUGCCCUCAAGGAACUCGAUUUGUACUCCUCCAGGCUUUCUGGGAGACUCAGGCAGCUCCUGGGCGAGCUGCAGACUCCCCUGGAGAGUCUGGCGCUGGCCUUCUGCUGCCUGCUCCCCUCCGACCUCAUCUUCCUGUCCUCGAGCCUCCACGCGCCCUCCCUGCUCCAGCUGGACCUGAGCGGCCACAACUUCACGUCCCCCAGACUCCUGCAACCCUUGCGGACGCUGCUGGAAGCCGCUUCGUGCUCGCUGCUGCAGCUGGAGCUGCUGGAGUGUCAGCUGGGGGACGCGGAGCUGGAGCUGCUGCUGCCGGCGCUGCGCCGCUGCCGCCGCCUGCGCUGCCUCGGUCUCCUCGGCACCCCCCUGAGCGCGGCGGCGCUGCGGCCUGGCCUGGCCCGGCCCUGCGCGGCCCUGCCCGACCUGCGCCUCGUGGGCUACUCGCAGCCGCCGCGGGGCUCCGGCCACCACACCCCCACGCAGGGGGAGGAGGGUUUCCCGGCGGAGCUGUGCCGGCUGCUGGCGAGCGCGGGUAGAGCAGACGCCGUGUGGGCGACCAGCCUCCAGCGCUACGGAGCCAUCGACUACUUCAGCUUGCAGCAUCCCCCCCCCAGGGAAGCUUCCCCUCGGGGCGCUGUGCCGGGCUCUGGGCUGUGCCACUCGGUUAUGCCGGACCCUCACUCCAGAGCCAGCGCCGAGCGCACCGGCCCCGCGCCCCCCGCCCGGCCCGGCGCCGGGUGGUACAAGCGCCCGUUCUCCGGCAGCAUCACCAGCGCCUCGGGCCGGAGCGGCACGGCCAGCCGCUCCCCGCCGCCGCACAACGACAGCACGGCGCGGCGGGAGCAGGAGGAGGCUGAGGAGGAGGCGGCCGGGGGCAGGAGGCGGGUGAAGACGAUGGGUCUGUGCUCGCAGCGCAGGAGGUUGCGCUCCGCGCCGCAGCGGGACACGAACGGGAAUUCGCGCUCGUAG